GAGCGUCCUAGCAGUGUCACGGCGUGGGUUGGCGCGAGGGGAGAAGCGUGAACGAGCGCGUAGCCCGGAGUGCACCUGCUACCUGUCCUGCCCAGUCAGGGAGCCCCCGCCGUCCUCGCCCCCGCCGUCUAGCCGCCAUGGAGGUGCAGAAGGAGGCUCAACGCAUCAUGACCCUGUCGGUGUGGAAGAUGUACCAUUCGCGCAUGCAGCGCGGUGGCCUGCGGCUGCACCGGAGUCUGCAGCUGUCGCUGGUCAUGCGCAGCGCGCGAGAGCUCUACCUCUCGGCCAAGGUGGAAGCCCACGAGCCCGAGGUGCCCUUGCCGCCCGUCCGCUCCUCUGAUCCUCGCCUGCACCAGUUGCGGGAAGCGGAAGCUGUAGCCGAGGCAGCGCCCCCCGACGGUGAGCAGCCUUCCCCGGAGCCCAUGGACACGCGGGAGGCGCCGGGAGCCGCGGAGACCCCAGCUCCCUGUGCCCCGCGCCCCACUAAAGUCAGCCGCAAGCGGCGGAGCAGCAGCCUGAGUGACGGCGGGGACGUCGGACUGGUCCCAAGCAAGAAAGCCCGUCUAGAAGAAGAGGAGGAGGAGGCAGGGGCCUCUUCGGAGGUCCCUGAUCGCCUGCAGCCACCUCCCGCUCAAGCGGAGGGCGCCUUCCCCAACCUGGCGCGCGUCCUACAGAGGCGCUUCUCUGGCCUCCUGAACUGCAGCCCCGCCGCCCCCCCGACGGCGCCGCCGGCAUGCGAGGCGAAGCCUGCCUGCCGCCCUGCGGACAGCAUGCUGAACGUGCUCGUGCGGGCCGUGGUGGCCUUCUGAGGGUCCCCGAGCGGCGCUACGGGAGCCCAGAGCGCGGGCCGAACCGUCGGCCGGAGUGCGCACACCCGAGGCGAGGCCCGCCCCCGGGGGAGCGCCCGCUGAAACCGUGGAGAGGAGCUGCCGCCCGGGCUGCUGAGAGGCCUGAAGAGGGACUCUGCCCCCGGGGAGCCGUCGCCGCCUGUGCGCAGCGGCGGCGCCGAGGAGCCUGAGCGGGGAGCGCGAGCGCCUUCCGCCGAGACCUGCUGCGCCCACAGGUGCUGUCUUAACGGACUGGGACGUGGACCUUUCCCUCUCCUUCUGGGACUGGGAGCAGGGAGGCUAGGUUCUUUAAAACUCCUCAGGGUCGGACUUUAUUUUUUAUUGGGAGCUGUACUGCCCUUUCAAGGUUUUUCAGUAGUUGGUGUUUGCAUUUCCAACCUCAGAAUUCCAGGCAGGCGCUCCCUUCCCCCACCAGUGACAUACUUGUGCAAGCGGUCAUCGUUGCGUCAUGGGGCAGACGUGGGGAGCUUCCUGUUGCCUUGCGUGGGUGUGGGGCCUGGGAGGAGGGUCUGGGGUGUGGACCGCCCUGGGGAAUGGGAGGAGGGCGUCCUGAGUCACCUCGCCCCGCGCGCUGCGGGUUUGUGCCCCGCGCCCCUGCGCCUUCGGCUGUAUAGCGGGGGCAAGGUGGGGGCCCGAUUUAAUUUCAGGUUACAAUUUUCCUCAUCUGGUGCGUGAGAGGUGGUAAUACGUUCCCAGUCUCCGGCGUGACCGUCCCUCAGACACACAGACACAACCCAGACGAUCCUGGUCUGAAUCACAAAAUUGGGUGGGGGUGUUUAGAGCGCUUGUAAGGCUGCGCUGGGACCAGUUGCUGGUGAGACUGGGCCAGUUUGGGAAGGGGAAGAUUCUUGCCAGGGCGUGCUGAGGUCUGUUUACCUUUACUGUGGUGGAUCCUGUUUAAUUUCAUCUAUCUGGCUUUUUGCUAGAAACGCCAGAUAGGAAAAUAAAGAGCAUUUGA